CGACGCGAAAAAAAAAUUAACCCCAAUGGCCUGGGCAUUUGAAAUUCGAAAUUCGAAUGACUGCUGCGACGACGACGACGUGUGGCUGGCGGCACGAGGACGGCGUUCUGCGAAAAGGGGCCGUCCAGGGGCCGUUGCAAGUGCGCGGGCAGCAAGUGGUGCGGCCAUCGCCGUGGACCUUUGCACAUGUCGACUGCGCCUUGCUUCUCAUUUUUGUGAGUGAAGGACAGCAAGCAGAGAAAAGGGGCCACCUUUCGACGGACAUCUCCGGCUUCUUCGUCGGAUGCGGAAGGACGACACAGACGGCAGCGCAAAGACGGGACUGUGGGCACGUCGCGGCUAUGGAGGGCGGCGCAGAGGGUAGACGUGAUGUGUUGACAUGUCGUGAGCUGCCGGCCGUGUCCACGAUCGUUCUUCGAUGUCAGCAGGAGAGGGCGCUGGGGCGACUGAAGGAGCUGUUGCGCGCGCGCAGACUGAGGACAUUGACGCAAGCUCCGGACGAUAGGGCCGAAUACGAGGCGACGUCGGAGGCUGUUAUUGAGUUGUGCUACGCGUUGGGUUGCGGCGUGAUUCCUUGUGCGACGCCGCGGUGGUGGGUAAAGCGCAGGACAGGAGGCACGUGGGAAGACCUCGGGCAAUGCGACGACGCGACAGACGACUACUUCCAGGAUAAGCUACGAAUGUCGCUGCGAGUGUUCCGGGAAAUCGCGGAGGCGUGUGCGCCUCAUCUUCAGCGGCGGGUGACGUUCUACAGGGAGCCUUUGCAGCCGAACCAGAUUGUGGCAUACGCAUUGUACAGGUGGGCUUCGGGGGAGACGUACGAGAGCAGCACGUGCAACUUCGGGAUUGGACGAGCUUCUGGGUUGAAUGCCGUCUGCGACGUGAUUGCCUCGCUGCUAAGGGUAUUUGGAGAGAAUCGCAUGGCCUACAGGGGUUCGUAAACUCGUCGUUCUGCGGGCGUUUGUUGAUAAAGGGUUCCCCAGCUG